GUUUCAUUUAGCAAAAGCAGUUUUUAGUUACGAGUUUUGUGCUGUCGCUGUUAGUUCGGCCGCAAAUUGAAGUUUAGUUCCUUUCUGGCUGCUGUCAAAUGUCGUCAUGUUUUCUUGAACGUACGCGCGACGCGGCAAUAAACAACAAAAUAUAAAAUCCAUGCAGUAAUUUGCAAACAGCAAACAAGUAAUUUGUAAAAGACGUGAACGAGUGAAAGAAAUCUAGAAAUUCACAAAACAAUAAAUUUAAUAAUUGAAAAAUUUGCAAAUAUUUGGAACAAAAUAAUAACAAUUAAGUGAAACAAUUAAGACGCGCUGUCAACGCUAGCACUUUGGAUUACGGCGUUUGACUGAUAAAAAAUUAAUAAAAUUAACAGCAACAACAAUUUAAGCAUUGCUUAAUUUAAUUAAGAGCCUAUCGAUUAAAAAUUAAUUAAAUAAUUAAUUAACGCAAUGCAACCAGCUGCGAGCAGCAUUUCGAGUGAAGCUAGUGAUAACAACAUAUUUUGGAAGCACUAAAAAAUUUCGGAAAAUUCAUAAACUCUAGUGUGCAGUGCAAGGCAGUUGAAGCAGAAUAAGCAAAACUAAAUUGUGAAAGUUUUUAUGCACAAAACAGAGGUAAAUUAAUUCAAAUUAAGCGCAAGUGACAAAAAAAUUGCAGCAGUCAACAAAAUUGUUACAAAAACAAAUUAAAUUUUUACAGCUAACCGGUUCGUGUUCGAGUGAUUUACACAACAAAACAAAACAUACAGCAACAACAACUGGUGUACUGUUUGUUUGUGUUGCAGCGGUGAAAUUUUGUUUGAUGAAAGCCAAGAAAUCUAACAAUAGCAAGAAAGCCAGUUGCGAAAAAUUGGAGCAAUGCAAUAAAAAGUGCUUCAAAAAACAACAGCAAACAGUGUGAAGUAGAAAAACUAUUUUAACAAAAAUUUUUUCUGCUAAUUUUUGCACAACAUAUAAAGCAGAAAUUUUAUGAUAAAAUAAACACAACAACAACGCACAACUUACGCUGAUAAGCUGCAAUCUCUAACAAGGCACACGCCAUACAAAAUUAAUAAGAAUGAUAAGUGAGUAAAUUUGAGCAAAAACUAGGCGAAAGCAAAGACAGUUUUUAAACAAAAAGUUGAAAUUGUGGCAAAAAAAAUUCAAACACAAGCACUAAAAUAGUGAGUGAGCGCACCAAAAUUCGCGAAAGUGUGGCAAAAUAAAAUAUUUUAUUUACAAAAACAAAAAUUGUCAAAGAAAAAAUUUCCAAAAAUUUUAAUAAAAUUUCUGUGCAAAAACAAAAUUGUGUUAGCAACARUAAAAACUCGUCAAUACGUUGUUGCACUAAAAAGUAAAGUUGAGCAAAGUAAAUGUGCAGCGUUUAUGCCUUAAAUACAAUUGCUGACUGCUAAAAUUCCUCAACGAACGCCAGCACGCACCACAACGCUGAGCGAUCACACAAACACACACAUCCUCAAGCAGUAACUGUGUGAGCGAUAAGUUGCAAGCAACAAAAGAACACGUGCAGCUGACUAGAGCGAGCAGCAACAGCACCAGAUAAGCCAUAAAAUGUAAACAGCAGCUAARGCAGCAACAAAAACAAUAACAAAGAGCAUUCGCAAAAUAGUGCAGAAAGAUUUAAGUGUGUGAAUGUGAAAAGAUAACGACGAAAUCAACCUAAAUUCCAAGUUCCUCAACUCAAAUGUAAUUCGAAAGGAUUUUCAACACUUCAACAGUAUUAUUGCAAAACAAAAAUUKAAGUAAUUACAACAACACAUAUUCCUAAUAAUUAAAAGUGUAAGCGGAAAAAUAUUUUGUGCUGAAAAAAAUUGCGAACAAAAACAACAAGAAAAGUCAGCAAAACACACUGUAUCRWCAAGAAAAUCCAAUAACAACAAAGCAAGCAGUGUAAAUUGUCAGAGGCAUUUUCUCGGUGUUGAUUGAUUGGCACAAGAAAGCCAGUGUUAAUGUGUGUUUUUUCGAGCGAUGCAACUGAUUGUUGACAAAAUUCCCAUGUUUUCGAAACAAACAACGAAACGCAAUUCCAAAAAGUAAGUUUGGCCCAACAAAAUUGUUAAUAAUUUAUUGAAUUAAAAAAAUAUGAACCACCAUCCAUUACUGUGCCGUAAGAAAUACGAAAUAAGUACUAAUUCGUAAAUCGAAAUUCGAAAAAAGUAUUUAAUAACAAACACAAUAAAUAAUAAUUGCUUGCAAAGCAGCAAAAAAUUCUCGCUCUCCAUUUCCAUGUGUGUGUGCAAUUGGUGAAGUGACAUUAUUUGCACGAAAAGUACCGUAACAAUAUUUUGCACUUCAGAAACUAGUACGAAAUAGCAACAGCAAUAACAAAAGCAACAACAACAACAAUAACUGAAACGAAAAAGCGUUGCAACAACAAYAAAUUCAAAUUUUUGGCAAUCAGCACAACAGCAGCAGUUACUGCCAUUUGCACAACAACAAAAACACAAUUGCAUUGAUACUGCUUCUACCACGGAUUUGUUAAUUGAAAUUUAGAAAAAAUGAUGAAAUGAACGCCGGCAACGGCUCCUCGAGGGCGCCAGCCUCCGGGAGCCAGAUAUCACCACAACUACCCGACGUACAAACGCAGCAGCAGCACCAGCAACAACCACAACAGCAGCAGCAUCAACAGCAAGCGCAACAACAGCAGCUACAACAUCAGCAACAACAAUCUGUACAACAAAAUAAUAACACAUACGGCAACUAUCCACCCAUAUACAACUCAGCGGGCGCACAGAAUGGCAUCACACCACCAAUCGGUCAAUACUCCAUGGGUGAGCCCGAUACAUUGCGCACACUAAAGAAUACGUUUGGCCCGAAUUCGGAAUUUACGACAAGCGGCUACGGCAACUAUAGUAAUAUGGUAACGGCUAAUGGUGGUGGUCUGCAGCAGCAACAACAGAUGGAUAAUAUGAGCGGCAUGGCCGGUGGAUAUGGGCAGGUAAGCAAAAUGAGUGCCAAUCAAAUGCAUGGUGGCAAUGUGCAAAAUCUCUACAUGAAUGGCAACAUCGGCGCAACCGGGAGCGGCAGUCCCAGUGCGACMAAUAUGAAUAGCGCCGGCGGCAUUGGCGGUGGCGCUGGUGCCUCCCAAGUGGCUGGCAAUCCAAAUGUUAACAUGAAUACCGGCUCCAACAUGCAAAUGGGCCACAUGAAUGCAUACAAUGGCGGCGGUGGCGGCCCCAAUGGCAAUCCCAAUAUAGCGCCAUCUAGGCAUCAAAUGAACCCAAUGAAUCAGAUGCAGAAUAUGAGUAUGGGUGGCGGUCCACAGAUGACGCCACAACAGCAGCAGCAGGCAAUGAGCGGCCUUGGCCCGAUGGCCAAAAUGCAAGGCAUGGCGAACGGUGGUUAUGCGCGWCGCAGCACACCAUAUCCCAGCGCACAAAUGCAUGCGGCGCAGAAGCGAGCCAGCUACACCUCCAUGGGUAAUCCCUCGAUGCAGAAUGUUCCUCCGCAAAUGAGCAUGCAACACUAUGGCCAACAGAUGCAUCCGCAAGCGGGUAGCGGUGUGCCAGUACCUAUGCAAGCGGGCGCCUAUGCUCGUGGYGGUCCAAUGGGUGGCUAUGGUCGAGCUAAUGCAAUGGGUCCAGUCGGUAUGGGCCCCGGUGGCAUGGGUCCGGGUGGUAUGGGUCCUGGUGGUAUGGGUCCGGCUGGCAUGGGUCCCGGUGGUAUGGGUCCAGGUGGCAUGGGUCCUGGUGGAAUGUGUCCAAGUGUUAUGGGUCCAGGCGGUAUGGGUCCAGGCGGUGUGAGUGCAAUGCAACGUGGCAUGCCGCAAGGUCCUGGCGGUUAUAGUGCCGCCAUGGCGCAUCAACAGAAUCAAUAUUAUCCAGGCGUAAAUGGUGCUGGUGGUCCUGGCAUGGGUCCGGCUGGUCCGGGCGCCCUAACGAAUACCGGUUCCAUGUACCAGAAUCAAGGUUUCCAGCAAAAUUACCAACACAGCCCAGUUCCUGGUAAUCCGACGCCGCCACUAACACCUGCCUGCAGCGUUCCAUACAUCAGUCCGAAUCCAGACAUCAAACCAAUUAUGGACAACUGCGAAGAGAUGCGACUGACAUUCCCCGUCCGUGAUGGCAUCAUACUUCCACCGUUCCGCUUGCUGCACAAUCUCUCCGUCAGCAAUCACGUAUUUCACUUGAAGCAGAAUGUCUACAAUACGCUCAUGUGUCGCUCCGAUCUCGAGCUGCAGCUGAAAUGCUUCCACCAAGAUGACCGACAGAUGAACACAAAUUGGCCGCAUACGGUAACAGUAUCUGCCAAUGCUACGCCCCUCACCAUUGAACGCUCCGAGAAGACGGGUCAAGCAUUGCGGCCGCUAUAUCUCAAGGCGGUAUGUCAACCCGGACGCAAUACUCUGCAAUUAACCGCUAGUUCCUGCUGUUGUUCCCACUUGUUCGUGCUGCAGCUAGUCCAUCGACCCUCCGUGCGGCAUGUACUCCAGAGUCUGCACAAACGCAACUGCUUACCCGUAGAUCAUUGUGUGGCCAAAAUCAAACGCAACUUCAUGGUCUGCUCAACGACCAACGGCCCACUAGAACCCGGCGCUGGCAACAUGGAAGCGACCAAAUGCACCAAGAUCUCAUUGAAAUGUCCGAUCAUGAAGUCUCGAAUACGCAUGCCUGCGCGAGGACACGAGUGCAAGCAUAUCCAGUGUUUCGAUCUGGAGGCAUAUCUGCUUAUGAAUUGCGAACGUGGCGCCUGGCGGUGUCCAGAAUGCAAUAAACCUGCGCUAACCGAAAGCUUAGAGAUCGAUCAGUAUGUCUGGGCCAUUUUGGAUAAACUGAAUGGCACGGAUGUGGACGAGGUCAUUGUCGAUUCGAGUGGUAAUUGGCGCGCGGCGCAAGGYAUUCAUCAAGGCUCUCCACUCACUGCGAUGUCGGCACAAAUGCCCAGCCCAAUGGCAGGACAGAUGGUUGGUCAAGUGCCCGGCGGACAAAUGCCAGGACAAAUGGGCGGCCAGGCACCUAACCAAAUGGGUGGACAGAUGCCAGGGCAAAUGGGCGCACAGAUGUCCGGCCAAAUGCCAGGUCAGAUGCCAGGACAAAUGGGUCAGAUGGUAGGAGGACAAAUGCCCGGUCAAAUGCCUAAUCAAAUGCCCGGACAAAUGGGUGCUCAGAUGGUAGGCCAGAUGGCUGGUCAACURAGUGGUCCCAAUAUACCCACUAUUAAACAGGAAAACACAUUUGACGAUCAAUCGAAAGUUAUGUCACCAUGGGACAACUCGCAGGCGAUGAGUCCUUACAUGCAACACGACAUGAAUGCGGGCACGCCCAAUGUACCCGGCGCUGGUCAAAUACGCAGCCCUUUUGAUAUGUACGGCGGUGGUGACGUGGGCGUCGCCGAUCAGCAUGCAGGUGACACAGCCAAUUCUCUSGACCAGCUUAACGCCAUGGAGAAAAGCUUAACAGAUCAGAUGCCUCACACGCCGCACACACCAAUGCAUCCGAUGACUCCCGGCGGUCCACCAAGUGUCAGCUCGGCGCAUAACGAGCCAUCGACACCCAAUGCGAAUAUUUCAAACUCCUCACCACAAACACCUGGCACGCCCGGCCAACCCGGCGGCCCUACAUCCAAUCGUGCGAAUGAUUCGCACCAACAGCAACAACAUUCACAACAGUCAGUCCAACAAUCGCAGCAAGAGCARAUAAUCAAUUCGCUAAUCAACUCACAGCCGAACGGCUUGUCGAAUCUCAACGAAACGGAUUUGAAUGCGGAAUUGAAYAUGGACAACAAUGACGGUUCCGGAGACUUGAAUUUGCUACCGGAUGUUGAUCCCAUGGAAAUUCUGUCGUACUUGGAUCCACAACCCGAUCUGAAUACGCCACCAUCGAGCGGUUCCAGCAACAACAACAACAACGACGACAUACUUUCCACGCUAUUCGAUUGAGACAAUCUACUGAAGGAGUUCUUCUAAACGAAAUGUCAAACCGCAACAAUCAACUAACAACAACAAAGCGAACUCUCUCGUAAGAGCGUUGAGGUGUGAGAACUUGAGCAACACAAACCACCAAUGUGACACGUGUACAUACAUAAAUACAUAAGAUGCUACAGGUUAUUAAAWCGGCAUAAGUCAAUAAAUCGGGCGGCAGCUCGUCGUAACAUUUCCACUUUCGAAGAAUGUCAAAAACAUGGCACGGCAUACAGUUAUACACAUUGUACGAGAGUAAUAAACCAUAUGUGGUGUUUCUUCGAGAACAGAGUAUAAUAAAAUAAACAAAUUCAAAGUUUAAAAGUUUAGAGAAAAAUUGCAUAAAAGUUUUAUGAAAUUGCCAUCAUAUUUAUGUUUUUGUUUAUAAACUUUCAACGAAAAUCAAACUUUACCAAAAUUAAGUAGAAAUGAACUCAAGAGUAGYUGCGCUUAAAAAAGUUUUAUGAAACAACAAG